AUGUCGAGCCGGCCGCACAAGGUGACCAUGGCGGAGCUCAAGCUCAGGCGGUUGACGGAGCACAACACGAGGCUGAGGGAGGAUCUGGCGAGGCCUAGGAUGAAGAUCAGUGACGCGAGCAAGACUCUUCUGGACUAUGCGACUACCACCAGGGACCCACUCAUCCAAUCCGUUUGGGGUCCGCCAGAGAAGGGAAAAGACCCGUACGCGCCAGUACAGGCAGAGGGCGGUUGUUGCUCUCGUGAGUUCAGUUGCACCCUUGCGAUUCAAGGGGCACGGGAACUGAUAUCCUCAGUGAUGUAA